AUUGUGUUAUUCAAAUUAAAUAAUAAUGUUGGCGCUGCCGAAUAUUGCGGAGCUGCGCAUGCAGCAGCAGCUCGCCCAUGAGCUAUAUCGUCAGCAGAUUAUGCAACGUCUGCCAGAUCCACUUUGUGGCUUCUUGCCAAACUUUGCGGCACACUUUAUGCCGCCGCCACAGCCCAGUUUGCCUGGCGUGGAGGCCAAGCUGGAGAACAAUGAACUAUGGCAGCAAUUCCAUCACAUUGGCACCGAAAUGAUCAUCACUAAAAGCGGCAGACGCAUGUUUCCCUCGAUGCGCGUUUCACUCAACGGUCUGGAGGAUGAGACAAACUAUUGCGUGCUGCUGGAAAUGGUGCCCAUUGGCGAUUGCCGCUACAAGUUCUCCGGCUCGCAAUGGGUGCCCGCUGGCGGCGCUGAGCCACAGAGUCCACAACGCAUGUAUCUGCAUCCGGACAGCCCGGCCACGGGCAAGCACUGGCAAUCGCAGUCGCUGCUCUUCAGCAAAGUCAAGCUGACCAACAAUACGCUGGACAACAAUGGACAUAUUGUCUUGGCCAGCAUGCACAAGUAUCAGCCACGUCUGCAUGUCAUACGCACCGCUGAUCUCGCGCAGAUACCCUGGGCUCCCCAACAGGCUUAUGUCUUUCCCGAAACCGAAUUCAUCGCCGUCACAGCUUAUCAGAAUGAUCGCAUUACCAAGCUGAAGAUCGACAACAAUCCAUUUGCCAAGGGCUUUCGCGAAUCGGGCCAAUCACGCUGCAAGCGCAAGCUCAACGAGGCUCCACCAUCGCCCACGCCCUCACAGUCCACAGUGGACACCAUUGAUGUGGAAUUGCCGUCGGCAAAACGUCCACGCAUGCCUCUACCACUGCUAGCUUCACAGUCUGCAGCUGCAAUCCCGCCUCAUUAUCUGCUGGAUACACUGGAGAGCAAUUUCUAUCUGUCACCACCGCCACCGCCGCCGCCGUCACAGCAACAGGCACAGCUAGCUAUUGAUUAUGCCAGACACAUGGGCAGUUAUCCAAGUUGGGCCUACACGCCGCCAUCGCCCGAUUCGUCGUGCGCCUCCUUCAGCGGCGACUCUGCACUCGACACUGAGGCAGAUGCCGAUGCGGAUACCUUUGUGGAUGUUGUGGGCACUGCCAAGUCCGACUUGCCAGCUGCAUCGUUUGCAGUUGCCGCAGCCGCAGCAGCAGCCGCGCCUAAGCCCAAACGCAGCAGCUUCAGCAUCUUGGACAUAUUAGGCACGACCGUCUCGGUUUAGUAGCUGUGUGGAGCGGCUGCUCCCAUUUGAGUGUGCCUUGUACGUUUAAUUAGCGUUUGCUUAGUUUAAGCUAAAUUGUGAUAUUUUGCAGUUAAUUAGGAUUUCCAGGUAUAUGCAACGGCAGCAGUAUUUAACGCUUAAGUAUUUAUUAUGCAAUUUUAAUUGUUUAAAUGAUUUCGUAAUGGAUUUAUUGUCUUUGGCAUU